AUGAGUCCCUCGAAAAUUCACAGAUCUGCUGAAUCCAGCAUCAGAGAUGAGCUCAACCUUGGAGAAGAGGUUGUGACCAUUCGUCACAAUGCACCCGCUGCGCUUCUGUACGAGGAUGCAUUGGAAGAGCAUGAUACCGCUAUUUCUUCCACAGGUGCUCUCAUUGCGUUUUCCGGCAAAAAGACGGGUCGGUCGCCUAAGGAUAAGCGAAUUGUCGACGAAGCAACGUCGAGUAACAAUAUCUGGUGGGGUCCCGUGAACAAGAAAUGUUCGGAGAAGACUUGGCUCGUCAAUCGUGAAAGAGCUGCAGACUACUUGAAAACGCGCGAUCACCUUUAUAUCGUGGACGCGUAUGCCGGCUGGGAUCCCCGCUACCGCAUCAAAGUUCGAGUCGUGUGCGCAAGAGCAUACCAUGCUCUUUUCAUGACAAACAUGUUGAUCAGACCGUCUCAGCAGGAACUUAAAAAUUUCGGGGAGCCGGAUUUUACGGUUUGGAACGCUGGCCAGUUCCCAGCGAAUACGCAUACGGAGGGGAUGAGCUCGAAAACUACUGUUGAGAUUAAUUUCAAAAAGAUGGAAAUGGUCAUUUUGGGCACCGAAUAUGCGGGCGAGAUGAAGAAAGGUAUCUUCACAGUCAUGUUCUACCUGAUGCCCGUUAGCCACAAUGUUUUGACGUUGCAUUCUUCAGCUAAUCAAGGCAUUCACAAACAGGAUGUGACUUUGUUCUUCGGAUUGAGUGGAACCGGUAAAACCACUUUAUCUGCCGAUCCUCAUCGCGAGUUGAUUGGGGAUGAUGAGCAUUGCUGGUCAGACCACGGUGUCUUUAAUAUUGAAGGCGGGUGCUAUGCCAAGUGCAUCGGUCUUUCUCAGGCUAAAGAGCCUGAAAUCUAUAACGCCAUCAAGUUCGGCGCAGUGCUAGAAAAUGUCGCAUAUGAUCCAAACACUAGAGCUGUCGAUUACGACGACUGUACCAUCACCGAGAACACCAGAUGUGCUUACCCAAUUGAAUACAUUCCAAGCGCCAAAAUUCCAUGCAUGGCAGAUCAGCAUCCAUCUAACAUUAUUCUUUUGACAUGUGAUGCUUCUGGAGUAUUACCACCUGUUUCUCAUUUGAGUCCACAACAAGUGAUGUAUCAUUUCAUCAGUGGCUACACCUCUAAAGUGGCUGGGACGGAGGACGGUGUCACCGAACCGGAAGCAACGUUUUCAUCCUGUUUUGGCCAGCCGUUCUUGGCUUUACAUCCCAUGAGAUAUGCCGAGAUGUUAGCUGAAAAGAUGCAUCAGCACAAAGCCAACGCUUGGCUUAUUAACACUGGAUGGACUGGGGCCGGCUAUUUGUCAGGCGGUCAACGUUGUCCUUUGAAGUACACAAGAGCAAUUCUGGACGCAAUCCACGAUGGGUCCCUAGUCAAGUCCGAAUUCGAAACACUACCUACUUUCAACCUGCGCAUUCCUACCAAAGUAAACAAUGUUCCUUCUAAUUUACUUAACCCCUCCAAGAAUUGGAGUGAGGGCAGUGCCAAGUACGGUAAAGCGGUUCAAAACCUGGCAAACUUGUUUGUCGAUAACUUCAAGAAAUACGAAAGUGAAGCCACGAAAGAGGUUUUAUCUGCAGGACCUAAAGCGUGA